UCAAGUAUAGGUGGCCGUUUAAUAGUUUGUUUCUUAAAUAUUUCAAUUCCAGUAAUGAAUAUCAACUUAAAGAAGAUCAUUUUGUUUUGCGGUUUCAUUUUAUUCCUAUCCGGAAUCGCCUCUGCAAGGCCAAACACAAAGAUAUGUCGCAAAAGAAACGGGAAAUUUCCUAUGCCUGGAACCUUAUGUAAGAGAUAUUAUGAGUGCAAGAACUUCGUUCCCGAAGAAAAGACAUGCAAAGAUGGAGAACAUUUUAAUGCAAAUAAAGAAUGGUGUGACUGGGAGGAACUAUACCCAUGCCUUGAAAAAGUAAAAGAUAAAGAAUGUUUAAGACAAAAUGGAUUAUUCCUAAAACCUGGAACCGAAUGCAAGAAAUACUAUCGCUGUUGUAAUGGAAAAGCUCAGGAGGAAACUUGUCCAGGGGAUUCGCUGUUCGAUCCCUCGAAAGAAAACUGUGAAUGGCCCGAUUUGUAUACUUGCAUUGAAAAACCAGAAUGGAAAAAAUGCCCAAGUCCUAAUGGGUUGUUUUUGAAGCCCAGAACAAACUGCAAGAAAUAUUACAACUGCACAAACGGCAGACCUAAUGAAAAAUGUUGCCAGAAAAAUACAUUAUUUAAUCCAUCAAAAGGAAAAUGUGAACCAUCACAGUUUUAUACUUGUAUAGAACCAUCAGAAAGAAAAGAAUGUCCGAGAAGAAAUGGACAGUUUUUGAAACCACGGACAAAUUGCAGGAAAUAUUACAAUUGUUCGAACGGUGAGCCUGAAGAACAGCAAUGCUCAAAAAAUACGUUAUUCAAUCCAACGACAGAAAAAUGUGAAUCUGCUGAAUUUUACACUUGCAUUGAAAAACCUGAAAGAAAAGAAUGCCCCAAAAGAAACGGAAAAUUUUUGAAGCCAGGAACAAACUGCUUGAAAUAUUAUGAGUGCUUAAAUGGCGAGCCUGAAGAAAAGAAGUGUCCGAUUGGCAAAUUGUUCAAUCCAUCGACUGAAAAUUGCGAAAUGAUGGAAAAAUACACUUGCAUUGAAAAACCUGAAAGAAAAGAAUGUCCCAAAAGAAACGGAAAAUUUUUGAAGCCAGGAACAAAUUGCAUGAAAUAUUAUGAAUGCUCAAAUGGCGAGCCUGAAGAAAGGAAGUGCCCGAUUGGCAAAUUGUUCAAUCCAUCAACUGAAAACUGCGAAAUGACGGAAAAAUACACUUGCAUUGAAACACCUGACAAAAAUAAAUGUACAAGAAGAAAUGGUAAAUUUCUAAAACCUGGCACAACCUGCAAGGAAUAUUAUAAAUGUUCCGAUGGUAUACUUAAAAGCAAAAAAUGUGAAAGGAAUAUGUUAUUCAACCCUUCAUCAGAAAAGUGUGAAUCAUCAAAAAUCUACACUUGUGUCGAAAGUUUAUCAACAACAGAAAAAGUGCCAUCAACAGUUACAACUUUUGCCACUUCUACUACUCCUGAUGAUCAAAAGGAGAAGACAGCAACUGAUCCUGUUGUUUCUACUACCACUACUCAAAAAACAACAUCAACUGAACAAAUUACAUACUCUACUCAGGAUCCAGAUUCUGAACGGACAAAUUCGAGAAUUUCGGAAACCACUAACAAAAUAAUUACCCAACCACCUCCAACUGAUGGCCAGUCAAUCGAAACAUCAACUAUUUCUGAAACAAUAACGAGUACAAUUGCAGCUACACUGUCAACUAUUGAAAUAUCAACAACAUCUGCACCAACAACAACCGAAAGUUCAACCUUACAGUCAACAACCGAAAUUUCAACCUUACCGUCAACAACUGAAAUUUCAUCCUCGGAAUCAACUACUGAAACUUCAACCUUACAGACUACUUCAAGUGAAAUUUCAAUUAUUUCUCAAACCGUUAGCCCUCAGAUGAGUUCUACCCAUUCUACAAAUCAUACCAUUUCUAAAGAAAACAAGGAAGGUGAGAUCACUGAACCAACGCUAUUCGAGACAACAAUGGAGGUAACGUUUUCACCAAGUACAGAGGAAGUAACAACUUCUGAUGAGCUGAAUGUAAAGUGUCCUGAACCAAAUGGGUACUUUCCUCAUCCUACGGAUAAGCACAAAUUUAUAGUAUGUGCCCAUGAUAUACCAUCUAUAUUCACUUGUCCUUCUAAUCUUGUAUAUAAACAGCGCGUUAGACGAUGUGAAUAUGAAUAAAACUCUAGACUUUCCAGGGAUAUUUUUGAAAAAUUGUGCUUGAAAUUUCAUUGGUUUUUUUUGCUUAGUAUAUAUCGAUAUCGAUAUCUAUUAUAUACCGAUAUCGAUUCUAUAUAUCGAUUUACGAUCUUAAUUCGAGUUUUUUCGUGGCUUUUCUUUAUAAAGUAAUUAAUUCUUUCCGAAAAGUCCGUCAGUUUUUUUUAUUAGUUAGGACUUUAUUUAGUAAUCAAUGAUUAGCAAAUCAUAAUUUAUUCUUUCUUUCCCUUUUAUUUCCAUUUUAUAAAAUUGUAAUUAAAUGGCUCUGUUUUGUUUUUCAUUAGAUUUAUUAAAAAAAUGUAAUAAAUCUAAUGAAAAUAAGUUUAUAUAAUGUAUUUCACUAAAUAAAUCCUUGAUAAGCAUACAUUCAAUGUGUACAAUGU